GUGCGAUCAUAUCGGCCGAGUGACACCACUAUCGCUCCAGUGAAUCUUUCGCGCGCUCCGUAGCUUCAAGUUGUCAGAUAUGUCCCGGAACACGAUGCUGGCUUUGGCACUUUACGGUUUCACAGCGAUAUGCAUGUUCCCCGUAUCUUCGGCACAAUCGCAAUAUGAAGUGGCAGACAGUCGCAGCGGCUGGGACGCACUAGGCGGGCUGUACGCGCUGCUGGCACAACACGACGCGCUGGGUGGACACGCGCUCGCUCGCAAGUCGGUGCGCUCGCCCUCGCGCCGCCUGCGCUUCGGACGACGCUCCGACCCUGACAUGCCUCCGCAAGCGCCUCUGGACGAGUUGGACGAGCUGCUGACUCUGCGCGAGGUGCGUACGCCGGUGCGCCUGCGCUUCGGACGACGAUCGGACGAGCGCGCCGUGCCACACAUUUUCCCACAGGAGGAUCAGGACCGCGUGGGCCGAGCUCCGUCGAUGCGUCUCCGAUUUGGCCGACGAUCUGACAACAACAUGUUCUUACUGCCAUAUGAGUCGGCUCUACCCAAGGAAGUGAAGGCAGGAAGCUCAGAAGACGAUAGACAAAACUAAGCACACACGCGUAUAGGUAAAUUCAUCUCCGCUCCAAACAACUUAUUGUCAACAACUAUAGGUAGUUCUAAGGCAAGAUACUUAUUAUACUUACGGCUACAUUCUAAGUGUCAAAUUUUAAAUAUCAAUUAUCAUAGAUGUUAUUUCAAUUAACUACAAAAAUUGUAAGCUAUGUGUACAUAAUCAAAAAUAGUGUAUUAUUAUAUUGAAUGUUGUUAAAUGUUAUUAUGUAAUGCUGUAUACGUUUCAUUUGAUUAUUUAUUUAAUAAAACAAAAGAAAAUUAAUUUAUUUUGGACUUUUAUAUGUUGCAAUUAAUUUUACAUUUUAUGAGCUGGGUAAAUGUAAAAUUCAAUUGCUAUAGUACUUGAUAGAUUCGAUCUGACUUUAAUUUUCUUACAUUUUUCACCAUUUGUAACAAUAUCGUAUUUUUUAUAUUUUAUGGGUUGAAUUGAUUAUUAUUAUUUUAGCGCAAUUAUAAGUGAAAAUAUAGAAGCUAACCGUAAUUGUGAAGUUUUAUUUAAAUACAUCUCAAUUGUUUUAUUACUAUUCUU